CCAAAUAUCCUGGCCCAAAGAUGCGUCGCUCCUCAUUCACACCCGUCUUUAAUCUGAGCACCCAGGAGCCGUUAAUUGUGGUCGAGGAAUCACAUGCGGCCGAAGAUGGUGACGAUCUGGAAGGAGCUGCUGGUGGUUAUGAUCCUAGUGGCACUGGUGGCGGCGGCGGUGCCAGUAAGCGCACGAACAGUGAUGAUUCUGAGCCCGACUCACCGGUGAAUCCGUAUCUCUUGUGCCCGUUUCCCGAUAUGCAACAGCGACGCAAACAUUCGUUGCCAUCGCUGCAGAUCACCGAAGGGAUAACAGCCAGUCAGGUCCGGCGAUUGUCCGAAGUGGGUGGCGAGACUGGAGGACUAAGUCCCAAAGAGGUCGAGUUUUUGGCAACACUCUCGCAGAAGGCCAACCCAACCGCAGGCGGUCGUCGUCAUUCGGUGGUCACUAUAUCGGCUGUCCCACCCACGCUAUUUGGCCGUAAUCGUCGUGAAUCUAUUUCCGGUGUUUCGUUCAGUGGAAGUCGUCGGGGAAGUGUCAUUGCUGGUCCACCAUUAACCGAUCAUCGUGGCAGUGUACACAACUUGCAAUUGGACAUUAUGGAUGGGAUUGUGCAGCAGCGGAAGACGCGCAGUGGCAGCGGCGUAUGGACAGCUCCAGUGCUCCAGGAGGCAGAUAGCAAUGUGCCCGUACAGACAUAAGCGCUCAAUGGCGGCCAUGGCACUAAAUAUGGGACAUAAGAAGCAAGGGAAACGGAUAUGCACAAACACCACUAUACACACACACACACACACGCACGCACACGCACAUAGACAAAUACAAACACAAACACAGAGUAACCUGAAUGAACAUUGAACUGGACGUUUAUUAACGAUUUUUGAGUUUUCUUUUCCCAUUUUGCGUCUCUCU